AUGAGUUUACUACGUUAUACACCAUUGCUUUCAUCUAGGAAUCUUAAAAGUGCAUUGUUUGUAAGGUAAGUAAUACAUCUUUUGAUUUAUGUUUUAGACCUUUAUCGAUAUCAAGUGCUAAUAACCUGUAUGCCAGAAACACAAUUGUUAAUUUUGUACCUCAACAAGAAGCAUGGGUGGUGGAACGAAUGGGACGGUUUUAUAAAAUUUUAGAGCCGGUAAGAAAUUGUUUUUGGUACAGUUUUGUUGGAUUCGCUCUUUAUUUGUGUUAUUUAUUUAAAAUGUUUGCUAUUACAACUGUGUUUGAUGUUUUAGGGCAUAAAUGUCUUGAUUCCCUUUGUCGAUUCCAUUAAAUAUGUUCAAAGUUUGAAGGAAAUUGCGAUUGAAAUACCACAGCAAGGGGCUAUUACUUUGGACAAUGUUCAGUUGCAGUUGGAUGGAGUUCUUUACUUGAGGGUUGUUGAUGCUUAUAAAGUAAGUAAUUUUUUAUUUGAUUUACAUUUUUAGGCUUCUUAUGGAGUUGACGAUCCAGAGUUUGCUGUCACACAGCUUGCACAGACCACUAUGAGGUCAGAAGUGGGUAAAAUCAGUUUGGAUACUGUGUUCAAAGAACGUGAACAACUCAAUGUGUCUAUAGUUGGUAAGAUAGUGUUGUAUGAAUAAUUAAAUUUUAACCUGUUUUGCUAAUAAUCGUACAGUUAAGUUUACCCGAUUUUACCUUCCAAUUUUUGUUUACUAUUAUAUCAUAAUCAAUUUCAGAGUCUUUAAACAAAGCAGCCGAACCUUGGGGUCUAGUGUGCAUGAGGUACGAAAUCCGUAAGUGUAAAUUAAAUCUAAUAUAAAUUUGCUAGGAAAUAUGACAAUGCCGGAACGAAUCCAACAAGCCAUGCAAAUGCAAGUCGAGGCCGAAAGAAAGAAAAGAGCUGCCAUUUUGGAAUCAGAAGGUCACCGUGAUGCAGCUGUGAACGUGGCUGAAGGAGAGAAGAAGGCCAGGAUCUUGGCUUCGGAAGCCUUCAUGAAAGAACAAAUCAACCAAGCUGAGGGUAAGGCCAGAGCUAUCGAGCUGGAAGCUUCUGCGAGACAACGAGGUCUAGCUAUGGUGGCAGAAUCCUUGAACAAGAACGGUGGAAAAGGAGCGGCCUCCCUUGCUGUGGCCGAACAGUACGUAAAGGCCUUUUCUGGACUGGCCAAAAGCACCAACACUCUGAUUGUGCCGGCCAAUGCUGCUGAUGCCAACUCUAUGAUAGCUCAGGCAAUGACGGUUUAUCAGAAAAUGAACGAUCAAACAAUAAAACACGAAAGUGGUAACGACGGGACGGAUGCUCAAUAG